AUGCUUCUCGAGCAAAAGCACAAACGUCUGUUACGUAUAGCGCGCGAUGAGCUCGAGAAGUCAGGCACAUCAUCGACAGAUGCAGAUGAAUCAGCUCUAGUCAUUGCUAAAAGGGAAGCGGAGGUGCAGAAGCAGGUUGCUCUUGUUGUUGGCGCAUCGCGAGGCAUAGGUCGACAAAUAGCCAUUGACCUAGCAAAGGAAGGAUACGCAGUCGUUGUAGCAGCUAAGAGCACAUCGAACGCUUCCACCACCUCACCCUUCCCGCCAGACCCCAACUCCUCCGCCUCCACCAUCUCGACCGUCGAACGCGAGAUCCACGAAGCCGGCGGCACCGCAACCGCACUCCCAGUCGACACGCGCAACAUCCCCUCCGUCAACCUCCUCAUCUCCUCCACCGUCGCCCUCUACGGCCGCAUCGACGUCCUCAUCUACAACAGCGGCGCAAUAUGGUGGUCAAGCAUCCAAAACACACCCUUCAAGCGCUUCCAGCUCAUGCAACAAGUCAACGUUGAAGGUCUCUAUGGGAUUGUACAAGCCGCGCUGCCACAAUUCGAAAAACAAGGAUGGAAAGGCAGGAUCAUUGUCGUCAGUCCGCCAAUCUACUCGCGGUUUUUUCGGGGCAAGGCGGCAUACGCAAUGGGCAAAGUCGGCAUGUCGGUGCUGACGAAGGGGCUGGCUGUGGAUUGGGAAAGGGAGGGGAAGAAGGAUAUGGCGAUUACGAGUAUUUGGCCUGCUGUGGCGAUUCAGUCGGCUGCUACGCAGAAUGUUGAGGGUGAGAAUUUGCAGGAUUUGAGGAAGCCGACGAUCUUCUCGGAUGCGAUCUUGGAGAUGUUGAGGAGUGAGCCGGCAGAUGUCAAUGGGUGCUUGGAGCUAGAUGAAGACUUUCUGAGGAAGAGGGGGUAUAAAGAUGAGGACUUUGGGAAGUAUAGUCUGGUACCAGGGGCAAAGCCGAGGAGGAUCAUGCCGAAGGAGCUGCCUGACUUGAGGGUUGCAGAGCAGGACGAUGAGGGGAAGAGGGUGGACAGUACGAAGUUGAGGGCCACGAAGCUAUAG